UUCCGGGCGGUGGUGGCGCCGCAGUCUCCGUGAUGGCUUCGGGACUGGGCGGCUGACCACUGGGCUCGGGGUGGGCCCAGUGCCCAGAAUCUCGGCGGCUGCUGCUUGAGCUCGGCCUCACCAUGGCCACCUCGGCCGCUUCCUCAGAGCAUUUCGAGAAGCUACACGAAAUCUUCCGCGGCCUCCAUGAAGACCUACGAGGGGCGUCCGAGCGGCUACUGGGGACGGCCGGGACGGAAGAGAAGAAGAAGUUGAUCAGAGAUUUUGAUGAAAAGCACCAGGAAGCAAAUGAAACGCUGGCCGAGAUGGAGGAAGAGCUACGGUAUGCACCCCUUUCUUUCCGUAACCCCAUGAUGUCUAAGCUGCGAAACUACAGGAAGGACCUUGGCAAACUCCAUCGGGAGGUGAGAAGCACUCCUUUGACAGCCACACCUGGGGGCCGAGGAGACAUAAAGUUUGGCACAUAUACCUUAGAGAAUGAGCAUAUGAAUCGGCUACAGUCACAAAGGGCAUUGCUUCUGCAAGGCACUGAAAGCCUAAACAGGGCCACUCAAAGUAUUGAACGUUCUCAUCGGAUUGCUACAGAGACUAACCAGAUUGGCUCAGAAAUCAUAGAAGAGCUGGGGGAACAAAGAGACCAGCUGGAAUGUACCAAGAACAGACUGGUAAACACAACUGAAAACUUGAGCAAAAGUCGAAAGAUUCUCCGUUCAAUGUCCAGAAAAGUGACAACCAACAAGCUGCUGCUUUCUGUCAUCAUCUUAUUGGAGCUAACUAUCCUGGGAGGCCUGGUUUAUUACAAAUUCUUUCGCAAGCAUUGAAAUUGCUACAGGGUAAGGUUUGUGGACCAGAACCUUGACCCUGUGGA